UUUGUGAAAGGACCUGAGAAAGACCCCUUGCUGGACGCAGCACAGGCUCACCAAGGCAGGCUCCUGUCCAGUGUUCCAAGUGAUAAUUCCAGAAAACCUCAUGAAGAUCGUGGGGGCGGCAGCUGGCGAGUGCGAGGGGAUGAAUCUGCAGCCCGUCUGCUCCAGUGAAGUUCUUCAGGCUGCGAGAGGAAAGAAGCUGUGGGAGGGGGAAGAGGCAGCAGAGGAUUUUUAAUGAGCACACUGUCCCCUGCGAUGGAAAGAGCCAGCACUGCCUGCUGGAGCCAGCCCGGUGGGACAGCAUUUAAUGGGACUUGGCAUCACCGGCUGCUGAGGUAUGAGGACGAUCACUAUAACUGGACCGACCAUGAAGCCGGUCACUCCAGCAAAGUCCCCGUCACGCUGCUCAUCUGCCUCUGCGGGCUGGCGGGGAACGGGGCCGUCCUCUGGCUCCUCGGUGCCUGUGUCCGCAGGAACCCCAUCACCGUCUACGUCCUCAGCCUGGCCGUCGCCAACUUCACCUUCCUCCUCUCCAUCGCCAUUGCCCUUGUGAUAUUUUACAGCCUGGACAGCGUUUGUCACAGUCUGGGCUCAUCGAACGUGACAACCAUGUUGAACAUCACCAUCCUCUUCGCUUUCACCGCCGGCGUCUACCUCCUGACAGGUUUCAGUGCCCUGACGUCUGUGUCCAUCCUGCCCCCGGCCCGCUGCCCCUGCCACCGCUCCCAGCAAUUGCCAGUGCUCGUGUGUGCCCUGCUCUGGGCUCUCUCCUUUCUGCUCACCGUGACCCUCUACAUCUGCCCUGCAGCACUCACUGUCUUCGUCCUGAGCUACCUCUUAUCUCUGCUUAUUCUGAUUUUUUCUGGUCUAACCCUGCUUGCCAGACUCUUGUGCUGCUCAUGGCAAUACCCCCCAAGAAAGCUCUGUGUUGUGGUCCUGCUGGUUGUCUUUGUCUUCCCCUUCUUCACAGCUGAUUUUGGUUACUGGCUUUUGCUGAGACUGUUUGAUUUUUCUGUUUUUGUCUUUGACGCCUCUCUCCCGCUUGCCUGUGUGAACAGCAGUAUCACCCCUGUUAUUUACUUCUUGGCUGGGAGCUGCGCAGACAAGUUCACACUCUCUGUUAGGGUUGCUUUCCAAAGGGCUUUUGAAGAUGUAACAGAGCACCAAAAUACAGGCAAAACUCCCAGAGAAAACACAGUGGAAACAGCUGUUUAAACCUCUGCAGCCCCUCCCUGGGAGAAGAUGCUCUUGGGAUGGAGGCGUCUUGCCAGCCAGGGUGAGGUUUUGGUGUGGAUCUGGCCACAUCUGAACAGAAUCAGCUGCAGCCCGACAAAAUAUGCUGGGUGGCACAGGAACUCCUUCCUGGGAUGGACACUGGACAGCAUGAUGAAAUACCCAUCGAAAGCUUUUGCUUUGAAACCUUCUCUCUGAAUCUGUCCUAUCCAACAGGUCUGAGCUUUCCCACAAGUGAGCCUGCUCUAUCCCACAAACUAUUAAAACAGAGCGGUGGAGGAUCUUUGCUCCUGCGAGUGGGUUUUUUUCCGUGUGUUUUCUUAAGAGCAGAGUGUUCCUGGAUAAGAAAUCUUGGCACAACAGGGCAGAACAAUUCCUGGGCAAACCCUUGUGUGUACAUCUCCAGCAGGUGCCAACGUGUGUGAAGAAUAGGU